UGCAGGUCAUCGAGUCCAUCGCGACCUACUCUACGUGUCGGUUACCGAACUACCUGGAACCACCGACCCGGACGAAUAUUACAAUGGAAGUUGGGGGUUCAACGUACCAAAAUGACCCAAACAUCGAAUCUCAGUGGGCCAUUCGAUCCAUUGAGCAUGCGAAAGCUCAUUUGAACCUCGUGUGUUCCGUCCGUGACCCAUCUACUCUACGCUUGACGAAGAUGGAUGAUGCAAUCUACGAUGAAUUCUGCAGUCACUUUCCGGAGCUCGACGUUGAUCUGAUUUGUGAAGCUAAGUUGAAGUCCGAGGAAUCCAAAAAAGUGUGGCGAGAAUUUUGCGGCAAGUUUUCGAGCCAGUUAGAAGACUACAAUUUUGCUACACUUUUUCGAUUGGACGCUUCGAAAGGAUACAGUGAGCAAAACACUUGUAUUGUGCCUCGUGUACAGUUCCUCGCUAUAGAAAUAGCAAGAAAUAGACGUGGGUUCAACAAACCGGAGAUCCUUCGGAAGUUCGAAUGUCUAUGACAAUAAACGAC